GCGGCGGUUCCUCGGUGCAGAGGGGGAAACUCUGUGGGCUCGGAGCAAGAAUAAUGCGGUAGCAAGGCGGGCUGCUUGCUCCUGGCUCUGGCAGCAGCGAAGGUAGCCCCAGCAGCGGCAGCGGCAUCACCUCAGACGCUGACAGCCCCGCCGGCCGGCUACCUCGCUGACUGCCGACUGUCAAUGGAGCUGGAAAACAUAGUGGCCAACACGGUCUUGCUGAAAGCCCGGGAAGGGGGUGGAGGAAAGCGCAAAGGGAAAAGCAAGAAGUGGAAGGAAAUCCUGAAGUUUCCUCACAUCAACCAGUGUGAAGACCUCCGAAGGACCAUAGACAGAGAUUACUACAGUCUAUGUGACAAGCAACCAAUUGGGAGACUGCUUUUUCGACAGUUCUGUGAAACCAGGCCUGGACUGGAGUGCUACAUUCAGUUCCUGGACUUAGUGGCAGAAUAUGAAGUUACUCCAGAUGAAAAACUUGGAGAGAAGGGGAAGGAAAUAAUGACCAAGUACCUUACUCCAAAGAGUUUCUUAUUGAACCUGGAGUUCACCAUUUCAGCUAGAUUGGCUGGCCAACAAGCCCCAAGAUCUUCCUGUUUCUACUUCCUCAGUGCUGGAGUUACCAUCAUAUCCAGAUUUUAUGUGGGUUCCGGGGAUCUGAACUCAGGUCCUGAUGCUUAUGCAGAUGCAUCCCCAGUCUUCAUUGCCCAAGUUGGCCAGGACCUGGUCUCCCAGACAGAGAUGAAGCUCCUGCAGAGGCCCUGCAAAGAACUCUUCUCUGCUUGUGCUCAGUCUGUACAUGACUUCUUGAAGGGAGACCCCUUUCAUGAGUACCUGGAUAGCAUGUAUUUCGACCGUUUUCUGCAGUGGAAAUGGUUAGAAAGACAACCAGUGACCAAAAAUACUUUCCGGCAGUAUCGAGUGCUGGGCAAAGGGGGCUUUGGAGAGGUCUGUGCCUGCCAAGUUCGGGCCACUGGUAAAAUGUAUGCUUGCAAACGCUUAGAGAAGAAGAGGAUCAAAAAAAGGAAAGGAGAGUCAAUGGCACUCAAUGAAAAGCAGAUUCUUGAGAAGGUCAACAGCCAGUUUGUGGUCAACCUGGCUUAUGCCUAUGAGACCAAAGAUGCGCUGUGCCUGGUUCUGACCAUCAUGAAUGGGGGUGAUCUCAAGUUUCAUAUCUACAAUAUGGGGAACCCUGGCUUUGAAGAAGAGCGAGCCUUAUUUUAUGCAGCUGAGAUCCUCUGUGGCCUGGAAGACUUACACCGUGAGAAUACUGUCUAUAGAGAUCUGAAACCCGAAAACAUCCUGCUAGAUGAUUAUGGCCACAUCAGGAUCUCAGACCUGGGACUGGCUGUGAAGAUCCCUGAGGGAGACCUUAUCCGUGGCCGGGUAGGCACUGUUGGCUACAUGGCCCCAGAGGUCCUGAACAACCAGCGAUAUGGGCUGAGCCCUGACUACUGGGGCCUGGGCUGCCUCAUCUAUGAGAUGAUUGAGGGCCAGUCACCAUUUCGAGGCCGCAAGGAGAAAGUCAAGCGGGAAGAGGUGGAUCGCCGGGUGCUGGAGACUGAGGAGGUGUACUCCCCCAAGUUCUCCGAAGAGGCCAAGUCCAUCUGCAGCAUGCUGCUCAUCAAAGACUCGAAGCAGAGGCUGGGCUGCCAGGAGGAGGGGGCUGCCGAAGUCAAGAGGCACCCCUUCUUCAGGAACAUGAAUUUUAAGCGCCUGGAGGCUGGGAUGUUGGACCCUCCCUUCGUUCCAGAUCCACGGGCUGUGUACUGCAAGGAUGUGCUAGACAUUGAGCAGUUCUCCACUGUGAAAGGCGUCAACCUGGACCACACAGAUGACGACUUCUACUCCAAGUUCUCCACAGGCUCUGUGCCAAUCCCAUGGCAAAAUGAGAUGAUAGAAACAGAAUGCUUUAAGGAGCUGAAUGUGUUUGGACCCAACGGUACCCUCUCACCGGACCUGAACAGAAGUCAGCUUCCAGAACCACCAAAGAAAGGGCUGUUCCACAGACUCUUCAGGCGUCAGGGCAGGAAGCAUCUUCAGGCUCAUGGGAAGUGCAGACUGAGCUCCACCCCCUGCCAACUUUGUGUGUUUUCUAUAAGAACUUCAUAUUUAGGCUUUCUUAAUUCCAUGGACCUUCCCAGGCACCAGACAAAACCCUCUGCUCAAGGAGCAGGCUGUAGACUCAGGUCUGCUGGGAAGAAUGCAAAAAAGGCAAAGAGAAGCAGCAUCAGAACAAUUCCAAGAGUUCACCCACUCCUAAGACCAGUUGUAAUCACCGUAUUAAUUCAAACCACAUCAAUUCAAACUCCACUGGAAGCAGCUAGUUUCAGCUCUGGUCUAGAAGUCAAAAGUGUAACCAGCUCAGACCCUUCUACUUGGAAGCAGAACUUGUAGCCAAUGGAGCUUCCACUGUGGCUGGGUGGCCAGGAGAGUGCCCCCAGGAACCAGGAUAGGAUACUGUUCACCCCAACAACAAGCCUCCAAGUUUCUCAAAGAAAUUUUCACUCAGGUCUGUUUUCCAAGAUGGCCCCAAGCCGGGGUGGACUGGAAUUGUCAUUGUUGAACAUUGCAAUAGAAACCUAAUGGCAUAUGACAGCUUGCACGGAUUUUAAUAGUAUCCUAACUAGAACUGAAUUUUGUGUUUAUUAUUUUUAAAGGAAAGUUUUGUAAAUUUCUCUAUCGUCUCCGUUUACAUUUUGUAUAUUUGUAUUUAAAUGAAAGUCAGACCUUGAGGGUGUAUAUUUUCUGUGCAGCCACUGUUAAGCCAUGUGUUUUAAUACAUUUUAGAUGUGGGGGGACUUACAAAAAUGUGACUCUAGACUUCCUCAAAAGAGAAAAUGUUUUUAUUAAAUGUAGAAAAUGUUUCACCUUUUACCUUUAAAGACCUGAUUAUAUCUACCUUCAUCCAUCUUUCUAGCCUUUUUUCUCAGUGUAGCUGUCACUCUCCUGUUGACUUGUAACAAUCUGAAUGAAAUGCCAAAAUACUCUUGGUACAUCAUCUCCCCUCCACUCCUGACCUAAACACUCUGGGAGAUAUGACUUCAUUGGUAAGAGUACUUCAAUGGGCAGGUAUUUGACAUUGCAGUUUCACUUGGCCUCCUGCCUUAGGGCAUGCAGCAUGCAGGGCAAGGAAUCUUAUAUCAUUGAGAUAGAGAUCUUGGCUGCUAAAGCCAGUGGUUUUCAAGAGGUUUCUGUUGGGUUCGGGGAUGUCUGUUGUGUAUUACUUUUAGGAGUUUGUACUGAUGGUAAUGACCAGUCAUGAAAACCCAAGUGUUCCCAACCAUGGGACUACGGAGAAAUUGAAUUGGGGUCCAUCCUGAGUGACUGUCUCCAAGCCUGUUUAGACCUUGGCUGGUCAAUAAAGUGGUCACAGAUCAUGACACCUUCAUAUGGCCCCACAUACUUGUUGGCUCAUGUGACGUGAAGAAAGUCAUCUCUCCAGGAAAGUGGGAUGCCUGAGAGGAAUCCCACGUACUAGUGAAGUGCAAGACAAUCUCAUUGUCACUUCCCCAGGAGAGCUGGGCCAGAGGCUUGUUCUGGGCAUCUCAAAGACAGGCACAAGUCAUUCCUAUAAGACUUGGUGGACUCACCUUUACAACUCUAGGAAGUUGCUGCUCAGCCCCUGAAGUCCCAGGAGGUGACAAGGUACAGAUUUGCCCUCACCUUCCUGCCAGGACAGGGUAAGCAGCUAAUCUCACUACUCCCUGGGAGGCUGAGGCUCUGAGUAUGACUCUGCCUCAAAACUGGUUUCAGCCACCACCAAGUACUGGGAUUUCUUGCAAGAUGAACCAGGUGCUACCUGAAUCAGCUCCUGUUAAAAUGCAAACUCCUGGGCCACACUCCAAGCCUACUACUUGGUGAUCUUAUUUUAUAGUACAGAUAGUAUCAAACUCAAAACCCUCCUGCCUCAACCUCUGGAGUUCUAGGAUCACAAGUGCAUACUACCAUGGAGUCUGUGUCUUUACUAAGCUACCCACACCCUUCUGGUACCCUGUUGUGUGAGAACCAUCCCCCUAUGGGUAUGGCCUAAAUGCCAUGUUUUUCUGAGGGACAUGACAACUUUGAGACUUAAGCCUGUCAGCAGGAGAAUCCCAAACAUGUCAGUCUCAUAUCUUUGAUCCCAAGCUCUUCCAGAGUUCACUGCUGGAAAAGAACCUGGACUUUGGGGCUGAUUAUCCUGAAAUCAUUUAAUCAUGAGAAAGAAAACAGCCAGGCUGUUUUCCAUGGAGCAGGAUUAACUUCAAGCCUGGCCCCAAGGCUGCCUCUGAACUUUUCUUGGGGUGAACAUGAAGCAAAUACAAACAACCAUAUCUAGGUUCUAUUGGGGAGCAGGACACUCAGUACUUCCAGGGCAUCAAGCUCUUGCUGACUCUUCUUCCUUGAGGAAAAGAAGAAUUGUCAUCCUCCUGGGCUGGUCUUCAGCCCCAGCACAGACAACCCCUGCCUCCUUCUCACAGGUUUGUUUCUGUUUCACCACCCACAGCCAUUAACCCUUGUCUAGUGGGUAACUCUUAGGAAGAAGUUUCUCCUUAGGCCUCGAUGUCAAGGCAAUGUUCAUUUGUAGCAGAGAAUUCCUAGAAAGCUAAAAAGAGAAUGGAAGUCUGGCUACCAUGUAUUCCCAUCAUGAGGUCCUGAAAGGCCUAUGCACAGAAAUGUAACUGAGUGCCUGUGGGGGUUAGGGUAGUCACAUGAUUCAGUCUUUUAGUUUGUUUUGGCCCACUCAUGGUUUUAUAACAAGAGACCAACCAGUGGCUGAAAACUGGUUCUCCUCCCUGACUGACUUUUCCUCCUGCCUUUGUUUCUAUAGCUGCAUUUUAGAUGUUUUGUUUGUUUUGCCGUUUGUUUGUUUGUUUGUUUUGUCUAAUGACACAAGCCCUCUGUCCAUUCACCUCUCCGGGAGUAAGUGUAUGUGGACAGCGAACAGAUGAUACUCUGUUGUGCAUUUGAGCUCUUUGUAGAAGACACUUUCUUCAAGUGUUGUAUUUUUCUCACCAAAUGUUCACUGACUGGAAGUGAGAAGUUUUUCUGCUUUUGUUGUUUGGGAGAUAGGCCUCUGUCCGAAGUGAAUAGUGUGCUCUCUGCUAUUAUCACCCUUUGUGUGUGUGAGACUCUGAAUAUCACUCCAGAAUAUCAAGAAGGCCUAACCCCACCUUCCAGGAAGAUGGUGUCUAGCCUCUGCCCUUUCUUGAGCCUGAACCACAAGGCCCCAGGUUCACUCACCUGCCUAGGGCCUGAGUCUGGCUGAAACCACAGGGCUGGUCUCUGAAAGGUGUUGUUCUUUUGGAGGGGCAGCAAGAGGUUUGCCAUACAAACACAGCCAGGUAGCCUCAAUGGCAAGCAUGCCUCAAAGUUACUGCCCCAUGAUGUUUUUGAUGAGUUCACGUGCAUGGGGACAUGUGCGUGAUGCAUCUUUGCACUAGGAGCACAAGAUUGGAGCCUACCCCUGAGAAAACUAAGGUCAGGAAGUUUUCAUACUUUUCCAAGGAACUUAGACCCACUAUUGAAAUCCAUCAUUUUCUUCUGGACAAUGAACUUUCUUGAAAGGCUGGCUCUACUUUCCAGAAAAUUCACUGAGCUAUUAACCUCAACAUAGAGCAGGUAAUGCAGCCUCCUGGACCUUGGCAUUCUAAGACUUCACAAAGGGAAUGGUGGCCCCUUCUUGGACAACUAGAGGUCCCAAGAGAGGAAGAGAAAAGGCUGAUCCAAACAACACUGGGCUCUUCUCUUGGGAUACUGUGUGCUUGCUUUUCUGGCUGUAUUCUUAUCCCCUUCCAAGUGUCUCCCAUCUUCAUAACCCAAUAUCCUGAGAUAAGACCUUCUAACUUCUUGGAUUUUGCUAUGGAAAGGUGGUAUAAAGUAUCUUCUUCCACCUUCUGUACCUGUUUGUACAACCAGCCACUCGGCUAUUGAAGCUGACAGGUAUGUAGGCCAGAUCCCAUAUAGGCACAUGAGUUGCCUCCUCUGAUCCAAACUGAAGUCUUGACUCAGGACAAUGAUUUAACAUGUGACAAGCUAGCUCACCCUAGGAAAGAAAUAUCCUUCACCCCAAAAUAAGAUGCUGGGCAUUUUUCCAGUUUAUUGAUACAUCAUUCCAUAAUAGAUUGCAAGUAAAUGUUCUCCAUUGGAAGGGCAUUGUGGUUACUGGCAUUAUUAUAAUUCUAUUAUCCAAAGUUUCCUUUUUUUUUUUUCAGGGAGAUUUUAGCAGUAAUGAAUGAACAUGGUUCCAUCUUGGAGGUUAUUGUCAAUGAUAACAGCUUCUGUUGUGCUGCUCUGAACCUCUUGUGUUCUGUUCACUGUGUCACAGUGCCACUAUAUCUAGCCACGACCACUGUUGUUUCAUAAAGAGAAAUAAAUUCCU